GGGAACCAAGCUAACAUUAAGAAAGACAGCGUUAGCUCCGCUUUGCUAACUCCAACUCUCGUUUUGAAAAAAGGACAUUAAAACAGACACGGGAUUAAAGAACAAGUUUAAACGAGUGACAGUGGGACAGUUUUUCACAGUGUCACCGCUGGUUCACACUGACUCAGCGUUUUGGCGGAUAUGGAGCGCGUUUGUUAACUUCAGUUGACUUAAAGUGAGAAAGCUAACAAGCUAACCUAGCCUAGCGUUAGCUAGCUAGUCUUUCAGUUAACUAACCCAAAGCCGCCAUGUUGGAGGAGCAAAGAGAAAAUGAAAAGCAGCAGGUGAAAGAAAAUGAUGAGGAAGACACGGACACAAACCUACAACCAGGUGGACAUGCUGAAGAACAGCCGCCAGAGGACGACAGAGAGCCAGGGAGCAUUGGAGAGGAGCUGCAGGCUGGCAGGUCGACCACAGAUGUGCUGGAGACUGUGGAAGAAGCUGAAACUCAGGCUGAUCUGCCCGAUGAUGCUGAGCAUCUUAGAGAGCCUCAGGGAAGAGAAAAUGUUGGAAACUCUACGGCAACAGUGAAAGUGGUGCUGGUGCCCGAGGGUCACGUGAUGACUGCGGCCUUCGCCAUCGGUCUCAGCAUUCAGGAGCUGAAGGUUCACCUCGCCGCCGAGCUCAGAGUUCCUGCUGAGGUGCUGCAGAUCUCUCUUGACGGCAGAGUGGUGGAGGAGCAGCAGAGCCUGAUGGAGCUCGGCGUCCAGCCUCACGGCUCCAUUCGGAUGGAGAUGAGCUCCACCGACCCGACCACCCAUCCACUCCGCCCACUCCGCCCUCCCGAGCACGACAACAUGCCGGACGUCAUCACCGUCCGAGUCCAAACAGAUGAGGACGUGUUCCAGGAGGUGGUGGUGGAGAUUGAGCGUCCCCCCCAGCAGAAGGCCUACCUGGGCGGCUACAGACACCGGCUGACGGGGGUGCAGUACCACCAUGCUGCAGUCCAGACCCUGCCCACGAGGAGACCUGACAGAGGAGUGGAGGUCUUCAGCCGCAACACACAGACAGUGAAGCUGAAGUCUCAGGCCCAGCAGUGUCCAGUCAACGCUUCCACCCAGAUGACCGGGAUCGGCUGCUACGUCUCCUGUAUGAACGACAAGCUGGUUUCCCCCCGCGGCUACAUCACUGCUGACGAGUAUCACAACACAAGGCUGAACGCUGUGAUCAUUCUGCAGUCGUUUGCCCGGCGCUGGCUGGCCUGGCAGGAGGUGAACCGGCUGACGAGAGAUCGAGACCGGCGGCUGGCCUGGCUGGAGCAUCAGGAGACCAGGAGGAGGGAGGAGAAGGAGGAGCAGCUGAGAGACCGCCGCCAACGCUGGAUGAGCCCGCAGAGAAGGGAGGACUUCAACCUGCUGUACCACGCUUUAGAGAAGUGGCGGUGUGAGGAGGAGGAGAAGAUCAACUCUUCCCUGAGAGGAGCUGAGAGGAAGGCAGCUCUCUGCUUGCUGCUGGAGCAGGAGACACAGCUCAUCGCCGCCAUUGGACGCCAUCGCAUCGCCAUCCAGGACAGCAACUACGACAAAACUGUCAGGAACUUCCUGGACAAGUCUGCCGCUCCUCAUCAGUGGCGAGCAGCAGAUGGUCGACUGAUCGAGAUGGACAGUCCACACACCAUCAGAGCCAGAGAGCUGCGGGAUCUGUACAACAGCAUCAGCCUGUCCACUGUCAGCCAGGAGCAGAGACUCCACGUCCUCAUGACACUCAAACACACUGUCAAGGAGCACAAGUGUCAGCUGACCCAGGACAUUGUGGACUUGAUUGACAGGGAGGUGGACCUUAUGACUCGGGGGGUUAAGGCAGCCAGUCUGGAGGGGCUGAGGAAGAGGAUCUCCACUCUGUUCCUCCAGUACAUCAAAACACCAGCAUUUAACCCGGAGGUGGCCAAGCUGCUGAAGGUUCCCCAGAAUCCCUCUCAGCUGAAGAACAACAUGUUCCUCUGCCGCGGCUGUCACCGCUACCUACACUCUGCCGACUUCAAGCCGUCCGCCAGCGCCGAACGCCAGACUCGGUGCCGAGACUGCACCAGACUCGACAACAUAGCCAGAUCCCGAGAUGACUUCUCCUGCUACAAAAACAUCCUGAAGAGGCUGAGAGCUGACGAGCAGCGGCUCAACCAGGAAGCCAAGAUUCCCUUCCUGCUGCAGGUGGAGGACUUGCGGUACCUGGUGGAUGUGGUCUGGGCGUCCCGCUCGGCCCUCCACGCCAGCAGAGACCUCUACAACCUGGUGUUUGUCCGCUGGGAGCGUCGGAGAGACUGGAGCCCCUGGAACUGCAUCCUACUGUCCAAAGAAGAGACUUCAGCUCAUCUGGAGGUGGAAGACGUCCACAAGGCGUAUGACGCCACGUUCAUCCGCAGGAUCGAACACAAACACACGCUGGCCCGCCGCCACUUCAGCCAGAUGGCCGUCAUGGCCGAGUACCUGGACUCUCAGCUUUCCGCUGCCCUGGGCAACCAUCUUGUCUCCAAGACCGUCACCGUGGCGACAGGCAAGCCCACCAUCGACACUCCACCGGCCUCAGCUCAUUAGGAAACACCCUGUGGUUUUCUUUCUUCUGUCACCGUUUCCUUUCACGCUCAUAUUGUCUGUCACUUUCAAAAAAACAUUGUCUGAAAUCUAAAAUAAAGUUCAUGAUGGUUUUUCCUCCUGGUUAUGUAAAUUCAUUUCAGUUCAGGUGCUUUUAUUUUGAAAGUAGAUGUACAGUAGUUACCUUUGCCCAGGACCCAGCUUCCAGAAAUAAUUAGAAUAACAAAAGUACUAAAAUACAUUUUACAAACUUUUCAAUCUUUUGGGGGUGGGUCCAACAGCAUUGUAGCUCUUAAAUGGGCAAGAACAUAGAAAUAAAAAUGUGUCAUUGCUGUUUUAUAACUCAUCGGGCUUAAAGGAACACGCUGACUUA